AUGGCAGCUAAGGUGGCCCUGCUUUUUUUCACUUUUGGUUUGGCACUCUUGGCCACCGUUACUGCUGAUCCUGACUUGCUUCAAGAUGUUUGCGUUGCUGAUCUUUCUUCUGGAGUGAAGGUGAAUGGGUUCGCCUGCAAGGAAAACAUAGCACCAGAAGAUUUCUUCUUCGCUGGGUUGGCUAAACCAGGUCUCACCAACAACACGUUCGGCUCCUUGGUCACUGCUGCCACUGUUCAAAAGAUCCCAGGACUCAACACCUUGGGGAUCUCCAUGUCCCGCAUUGACUAUGCCCCUGGUGGCUUGAACCCACCCCACACACAUCCACGAGCCACUGAGAUGGUCUUUGUACUACAAGGCCAACUUGAUGUGGGGUUCAUUACAACUGCUAACGUUUUGAUAUCAAAGACCAUCAAGGUGGGCGAGACAUUUGUUUUCCCCAAAGGCUUGGUUCAUUUCCAGAAGAACAGUGGUCAAGUCCCAGCUGCAGUUAUUGCUGCAUUCAAUAGCCAGUUGCCAGGAACUCAGUCAAUUGGUGCCACAUUGUUUGCAGCCCAACCACCAGUGCCUGACCAUGUCUUGACCAAGGCUUUCCAGGUUGGUACCAAGGAGAUCCAAAAGAUCAAGUCUAGGUUUGCACCUAAGAAGUAA